AUGGCGGCCGGGGAGGCGCCCAAGCCGGCGAGGCCAGCCAGCGCGGCCGCCCCGGGCACCUCCGCGCUCGGGCCCGGAGUCGAGGCCGUUCUGCACGGCCCCGCCCUCUCCGCCGUGAUGGAGGCGCACCGCCUCGAGGGCCAACAUUGGUCGGAGGGCUGGAGCGUGGAGGUGCGGGACGUGCCCCAGCGGCCCGAGCUGCGCGGGCGCCGAGGCGUCACUCGCGGCCUCGACGGCGGGGGCGACCGUCGACGCUUCCUCGUCGAGGUAGAGGGCCCCGGCCCCGAACCGGCCUGCCAUUCCUUGCCCUUCGAGCAGCUCGCGUGGCCGUUCGGCGGCGGCGGCGGCUCCUCGGGCAGCGGCGCCCCCGCGGGCGGGCUGCCUGGCGGCGCGGGCGCCGCCGCCUUGGAGGCCUUCGGCGGUCAGGGCCGAGGAUCGCAGUUCAGGGGCACCAUCGUGAUUCCCGGGGUCUUGCCGCCAGACGAGGAGCAGGAAGAGGAGGCCGACCGCCGGCGGGAGUACACGCUGGAGGUGGUGGAGGAGUCCGUCGACGAGCUGGGCGGGCGCUCGCUGAUGGCGAGACACGCCGCGUACGAGGACGUACAGACUUGCCACAUCACGUUCGAGGUCGUCGAGGAGCCUGGGCAGCCAUCCAAGGUUAAGGUCGCGUUCGCUGACGGCGAGACUUGUUGCGAGGGCAUCCUUACAGCUGAUCAGGUGGAGGACGGGGCGUGCGCGUUCCGCGGCAAGGUGAUGCAGCUGGUCCAGGGCGAGGAGGGCUUCUACGAGCGGUCGACGGAGGUGACCCACUUCUUCGAGCUCUUCCGCACCACGUCGUGCGAAGUGGAGGCGCAGCGGGCGAGGCACGUCGAGCGGGCCCGGCGGCGGCGCCUCGAGGGCCUGGGCGCAUGGGUCGAGGCCGCCAGCUUGACCGAGGAGGAGCGCGGCGGCCUGCGCGAGCUGCCGUGGAUAGACAUCAUCGUCCGUGACGCGGCGCACCACUACGAGGACCAGUGCGCUACGAUGCGGAGGCAGAGCGUCCUGCUCCACUCGCUGGCCUUCGCCACGCGGGAGGAAAAGGAGCGAAUUCUGGCAAAGUUGAGGAGCGCCGGGCUGAGUCGCGCGGCUGCCCACGCCAGCACCGACACGGUCAUGGCGCUGAUGAAGAAUCUGCUGAACGUCUCCAUGCCCCUGCUCGUGGACAGCGGGCGGCUCCACGAGAUGCAGUUCUGGGUUGUCAAGGCCCAGGAGAGGAUACGGCGCAGCUACUUCCAGCUGGACCAGUCCCUCCGGAGCGCCGAGGCCCGACUUCCGCAGGAAGUGCUGGCUGGUUGGCUGCGGCCCCCCGACGUGGGCAAGGACGUGGACCCCUGCUCCGUGUGCUUCUUGGCGCUGGAGAGCGGCGUCGAGUCGGCGCGGCUCCCAUGCGGUCACUGGUUCCACUUGGACUGCAUAUCGCAGUGGCUGCACGCCCGGGCCA